AUGGAGGAACAAGUAGACGUACUCAUAUGUGGUGGCGGCUCCGCCGGUCUAUGUGCCGGAGUCUGGCUCUCCCGCUGUGGUAUCCGUUUCCGGAUCCUAGAACAACGAGACGGGCCGCUUAAAAGGGGACAAGCCGAUGGGGUUCAGUGCCGAACGACGGAAAUAUUCGAGAGCUUCGGGCUUUCUGAUACUCUUCUCAACGAAGCCUACCAUGCCUCCGAGUUGGCAUUUUGGGCUCCAGAAGAUGGUGGCACCGAAAUCAGGCGCACGCAUUUUGCCGCCGAUAGGUUGUCUAGUGUAAGCCAUCUACCGCACGUUCUCCUCGGCCAGGCUAGGAUGAAUGAAUUGCUCACGAAUGAGAUGGAGAGUACGGCAGGAAGGUCGUGCGUCGAGUAUGGUUGCGAGGUCUUAAGCGUAGAGGUUGAUAGCGAGAAUGCGCGGGAUCCCGAUGCAUAUUGCGUUACUGUGACAGUAUUAAAAGAUGGGACGAAACGGAAAUUCCGUACGAAAUAUGUUCUAGGCAGCGACGGAGCUCACAGCGCUAUCCGGAAAUCACUUGGCUUUAAGAUGGUCGGCGAUACGAGCGAUUCCGUUUGGGGAGUGAUGGAUAUUUAUCCCCGGACUAACUUCCCCGACAUCCGCAAGAAGACAAUGAUUCAGUCGGGGGCAGGUAACACGAUAAUCAUACCUCGAGAAGGAGACCUGCAAGUUCGCUUCUACAUAGAGCUGAAGGGUACAAUUGCAAAAGACGUCACGCUAGAAGAGCUUCAUGAAAAGCUCCGGCUAAUUCUCCAUCCGUACGAUCUAGAAGUAGCCGAAACAGCAUGGUGGUCUGCGUAUUCUAUUGGCCAACGCCUUGCUGACCACUUCCACAAAGACUACCGCGUCUUCCUAAGCGGCGACGCCUGCCACACUCACUCUCCCAAAGCGGGACAGGGGAUGAACGUCAGUUUACAAGAUGGCUAUAACAUCGGUUGGAAGUUAGCAGCUGUCAUCCGAGGGCAGGCUACGCCAGAGUUACUUGAGACGUAUGUCUCGGAGCGACAAAAGACUGCUACAGAACUAAUCGAGUUUGAUCGAACCUGGACUAAACUCUUCUCGUCUUCAUACCGUAAGGAGCAUGGUAUCACACCAGAGCAGUUCCACGAUAAGUUCCUCCUGUCUGCUCGGUAUACCGCGGGUCAUGCUACCAAUUACAACGACUCUAUAAUAGUUUCUGCGAAGACCAGUGAAGCUUCCUUGGCCACUGGCUUAACUAUCGGGAUGGCACUCCCGAGUGUUCCAGUAAUCCGCUUCACUGAUGCUCGCGUAAUGCAACUGGUCCGAUUCUUACCGGCCCAAUCCUGGUGGCAUGUAUUAGUAUUUCCCGGGGAUAUACGCGAUUCUCGGACUUUGUCGCGGUUACGGAAUUUUUCAUCCGGCCUACAGCAGGUAGUCGAUGCCUUCACGCCGCCAGAUGUCGACCGCGAUGCAGUCAUUAACCCUAUACUCCUAUUCUCGUCAGGACGUACAGAAGUUGAACCAGACCAGAUCCCUGCUGUUUUUACACCCAUCGUAAGCAAGUGGAAGAUGAAGUGCCUCACCAAAGUCUUCUCUGACGAUGAUGGAUACAAUUCGCCAUCCGGUCGCGCGUAUGAAACGUAUGGGAUAGAUCCUAACCGAGGUGCGGUAAUCAUUAUCCGACCAGAUCACUAUAUAUCCAAGAUUUGCUCAUUAGAAAGUAUCAACGCCAUAAUGGUAUUUUUCGACAGAUUUAUGAAACGGAAAGCAGUUUGA